AUGUCCCUAGUUGCCCCUGCGUCUCUGCUUCCUCACUGCUGCGUCUCUGCUGCCUCACUGCUGCGUCUCUGCUGCCUCACUGCUGCGUCUCGGCUGCGUCUCAGCUGCGUCUCUGCUGCCUCACUGCUGCGUCUCUGCUGCGUCUCGGCUGCCUCACUGCUGCGUCUCGGCUGCGUCUCAGCUGCGUCUCGGCUGCGUCUCAGCUGCGUCUCGGCUGCCUCACUGCUGCGUCUCGGCUGCGUCUCAGCUGCGUCUCGGCUGCCUCACUGCUGCGUCUCGGCUGCCUCACUGCUGCGUCUCGGCUGCGUCUCUGCUGCCUCACUGCUGCGUCUCGGCUGCCUCACUGCUGCGUCUCGGCUGCCUCACUGCUGCGUCUCGGCUGUGUCUCAGCUGCGUCUCUGCUGCGUCUCUGCUGCCUCACUGCUGCGUCUCUGCUGCCUCACUGCUGCGUCUCGGCUGCCUCACUGCUGCGUCUCGGCUGCGUCUCAGCUGCCUCACUGCUGCGUCUCGGCUGCGUCUCAGCUGCCUCACUGCUGCGUCUCGGCUGCCUCACUGCUGCGUCUCGGCUGCCUCACUGCUGCGUCUCAGCUGCGUCUCUGCUGCGUCUCAGCUGCGUCUCUGCUGCCUCACUGCUGCCUCACUGCUGCGUCUCGGCUGCGAUUAGCCAGUAGUCUGAACCUAUACCAGAACUGUCUGAGGUCUCUGCCGGACAGUCUGCUCAACCUGCAGGCCCUCACCUACCUGAACCUCAG